AGUCGAGAAAGUUGGCAGUAUUUGUUGCGUUCGUACGGUGCGAAACUUCCACGAUAGCUGUUGCUUAGGUUAUUGAUUUCCAACCACCUGACAUGCUUCGGGAAAACGAAAAAUGUUUUGAAGGGUGACGAGUGACUGUUGAACAACAGUUUUUUGUGUUUAGAGAUGGCAGACACUGAUCCACAAUUAAAACGGCUUCUACUUCCGGCAGAAGAAACAUUAUUUGAACAGUUACUACGAUUUGGCCUGUAUAUUGGAGCAGUCUUCCAAGUUAUAUGUUUAUUGGCCAUUGUUGUUUAUCAAGCUGGCCCAUCUGAUGGCAUUGCAGCAUUAAAGGACGACCCAAGCGAUGUGGAAUAUUCAGAAAACAGUCCUCAGGUUACCCCCAGAAAACCUCAUCGACCAAGGAAGCAAGAGAAGAAAAAAAGACGAUAAAUCGUUUUGUUGCCCUGAUAAAAUGAACAUGCUACAAUAAUCUAUGUAAAAAAGACUGCCAUUAGGUAUUAUUAUUAUUAUUUGUGCAAUGUAUUCCACGAUAAUUUAUUAAUCUACCGAGAAAUGUAUAUGAUAGAUGUAUUUAUACUUGACUUUGUACAACUAUUUUCAUAGUGGAGAUUAAAAGUAU